GGGGCGGGAAGUGCCCCUUCUCCCUCCCCCAGCCCCGGCCUUCCUUCCAGGCGCAGGCCGGAGAUGCUGCCCGAACCGCGCCAGCGAGGGACGCCCAGCCUCCGGGGACUUAAGCGGGCUAGCCGCGGGUCUCCUCGCCCGGAGGCUUCUGCCGCCCUGACGAAACCAGCCGGGCAACGCGGAGAGAUUCGCCCUGCGCGUCUCCACCUGAGCAGCUGCUUCGAAUGGCCAGAAGCCUCGCGGGGAAGGCUGGCUUGGGGGGGGAGGCGGUGGCUGGCACCGGGUCCCGAGGCCCUUUAGCCGCCUCCAGAACUCCGUGCUCCUCCCUGGUCUUGGUCAAAGGCCCGGAGCAUUUGGGAAGAAGGGAAGAAGGGACCAGCAGCCAAAACCACCGUAAUGGAGAAUCAACCCCCCAACCCCCCCAACCCCUCACAUAGGAUGCCAGUUUGGAAUGAAUGUGUGGCGCUAAUCAACCAUCGAUUCCGGUGGACCCUUCAGAUCUAAGAAGUGUCCCAUUCCCAGGCAAGGCACUAACGGUUUGCACAGCACCCCAAGCCAAGUUUGGGUAAACUACCCAUCAAGGUGCCUUGCUUUGUAACCAAGAUUGAAGCUGCCUGAUCAGAACCUGCGUAAACCCGGUUUCAGAAUGGAGAUUUCUUCCCACCAGUCCCACCUCUUGCAGCAGUUAAAUGAGCAGCGCCAGCAGGAUCUGUUCUGCGACUGCAGCAUCCUGGUGGAAGGGAAGGUCUUCAAAGCCCACCGCAAUGUGCUCUUCGCCAGCAGCGGCUACUUCAAAAUGCUCCUCUCCCAGUGCUCCAAGGAGGCCGGCCAGCCCACCACCACCACUUUCCAGGCCUUUUCCCCAGAGACCUUUUCGGUGAUUCUGGAUUUUGUGUAUUCAGGCAAACUCUCCCUCACUGGCCAGAAUGUGAUCGAGGUCAUGUCAGCCGCCAGCUUCCUGCAGAUGACCGACGUCAUCAGCGUCUGCAAGACUUUCAUCAAGUCAUCCCUGGACAUCAGUGAGAAGGAGAAGGACCGCUAUUUCAGUCUCUCGGACAAGGAGGUCAGUUCCAAUGGAGUGGAGCGCUUGUGCUUGUACAGUGCCGGCUGGAGAGCGGAGUCCAGCCCCCCCCAUUCCCACCUCAGCCCCGACCGAGGGACGUGCGUGAUCAACAGCAACUCUUGGACCAAUUUCAGCUACUACCCGUCCGCCCCAAGAGCCGCCCAGCCUCUCUCCAAACACGACCAAAGACAGGAAUCCCUGAAGAAAAGCAGGCAUUUGGGGCUGGCCCAGCCUGCGGAUGGGCCCCCCUACAAAGUGAACAAGCUGGAAGACCGGGCUGCCGAGCAGGCGAGCCACGCUCCUCCGUCUGAAGAGGAGCUCCAGGUGGACUCGGAAGGAGAUUCCUGUCCCGCCGGCUACCAGUACGGGCAGGGCUCGGAUGCAGUCGCAAGAGGGCUGGCUGUGCCCCAGCACGAGCACGAAUUGCCCCAUUCUGCCAGCAAGUCCAAGUCUUCCAAAGCCGAAGAGCAGUACCCCAGCAUGCCCUCUGUCUUGGGGGUCAUGGGGAAUUGGGCUGAGGAUGACCUGCCACGGAUGAGGUUCAAAUGCCCCUUCUGCACCCACGUGGUGAAACGGAAAGCAGAUCUGAAGCGACACCUUCGCUGCCACACAGGCGAGCGGCCGUACCCAUGCGAAGCCUGCGGGAAAAGAUUCAGUCGGCUGGAUCACUUGAGCAGCCACUUUCGGACGAUCCAUCAAGCUUGCAAACCCAUCUGCAGAAAAUGCAAGCGUCAUGUCACCGAAAUGACAGGCCAGGUGGUCCAGGAAGGGACAAGACGCUACAGACUUUGCAACGAGUGCCUCUCUGAAGCUGGGAUUGACAGCAUCCGCAUUGAUUUGGACACAGAACCGCCUCCGGAGUUUCCUCUGGAAGAGGACAAAGAUUCCAACUGGAAUUACAGCGAAGACAAUAGAUCUGAUGUGGAGAUUGUAGAGGACGGCUCGUCUGAUCUGGUUAUCCAGCAAGUGGAUGACAGCGAUGAUGAAGCCGAGGAAAAAGAUGUAAAGCCCAAUAUCAGGCCUUGCACCCGGUAGAACAACUGACACUUUUCAAAUCCAGCACCGGAGCACAUGGGCAGUAGUGCAGCUUUUCCUCAUGAUGCAUGUGUUCACAUAUGUUCACUUCCUUGACUUUAUGGAAAUGUUACACUGCACCAACAUGCGGGGUUGUGAGAGGUAAUGUAUUUUCUCAUUUAGCCCAACACUCUUUGGUGACACAGGUCAUUGCGAUCACUUCUCCUGCAUUUUUGCAGUUUCCUUUUUCCAGUUGUGCUUUUUGUUUCUCUCUCUCUCUCUCUCUCUCAUUGAAGCAAUAAAACAGAAAAAACCAGAUGGCCAUUAGAUGGAAGCAAAGGGAUACUAAAAAGCUUAGCUCCAUCUUGCCAGUGAUUGAUAGAGGUGUUCAAAGUUUGUGAAUCCUUUGAAUGUUCAAUAUUUCUGCAUAAUAGAUUUAAAAUGAGAUCUGUUCUUGACACAAGUCCUAAAACUAAAAAAAGAGAAUUAAACAAAUCCAUCAAAAGCAUUAUACUUGUUCACUGAGGAAAAUGAUCCAAAGCCACCUAUGUGGCAAAAGUACAUGAAGCUUCGGGCAAGGUCUCCCAACCUUGACAAAUUUAAGUUGUGGUCGUCAACUCCCAGGAUUUGCCCCGGUUGGGAAACCCUGCCCAGCUCAUCUGAAGGGGAAAUCAGAAUUCGGUAUUUCAGUCAGUGGGAAGAGGAUCAGGUGUGAGGGCCAUCUAACUUAAAGAACAGAAUUAAUUAAAUAAAUAAAUUUAAGCAAAUUUACUUAUUCAAUUUAUAUGCUGCCCAUCCCACUAUUGUUGCAGUGACUCCGAGUGGCUUCUGCAUAUUCACUAUUAAAGUCUGAUCUUCAGAACUCGUGAAGAUGUGGAAGUAUGUUGUGUGGAGAAUAGAUCAUGUUUUACGUCAUAUUUACAGGUAAUCCUCACUUAAUGUUUGUUUGAAGUUACCAGGAUGCCCAAAAUUGAAUUUAAUUUUGAAGCUCUGACUGCUGAUCCUCCCCCUACCUUUGCAGUCACAUAAACACAGUUUGGCCUUUACAGCUGUUUGCGACAUCCUGUGUCACAUGACCACAAUUGUUGGUGUUUUGCUUGCCAGUUUGGUGGCAUUUACUUCUAGUUUCCAGAAAAAAAGGCUAUUGGAUAAGAUGGAGUCAUUUAACAACUGCAGCAGAAAGGGCUGUGAAAUCAGGCAUGGUCACCCAGUGACUCACUUAAUGACCACGAUGACUUAUGAGCAUAAGUCAGGCCUCAAUUGUAAGUCGAGGAUUACCUGUCUGUAGGAAUAUUGAACAUUCAAAAGGAUUCACAACAGAGGUGGUAUUCAUUUACCUUCGCUACCGGUUUGCAAAUGUGAGCGUGCCCUGCCUUUCCACAUGCGCAGGACCUUCUGUCAAAAAUGGGAUUGGAUGACAUCCAGGCAGGUGGGCGGAGCCUUCCGCAGCCGCCGCUACCAGUUUGCCCGAACCAGAUAGAAUCGGCUGAAUACCACUACUGGGUCACACAUUUUUAAGCUUCAUUGUUUAUUUUGGCACCUUAGACAGAGUAUCUAACAUCUCCCACUGUUUGUUCUUGGGGAUCAGGGAGGUUCCUUUCUCCCAAGUUGCUCUUUCCAACCUCCGUCUCUGCCAGGAUCAUCCACCCCUGUUCACAGCCAGCUGCCAAGAAUGGACCUAUUUUGGGGGAUCUAAACAAAUGAACCUGGAUCCUUCUGAUUCAGUGAUCCCUGGAAUAGUAAUUUCAUUGGGGAAGAAAAUGCUGAGAUCCUGAUCUAGUUGCUAUUUAUUGUAAAACACACAUGACUGGCAAAACACCUUUCACUUGCACAAGACAGCAAAACCCCACAAGCCACCCCCCCCCAGGCCAAAUGGCAACUGCAGUCGAAAACUAGAGGAACAACAUCUUUGAGUCUCUUGGUUUCUACGGCAAUCAAAUAUUUUGCAAUACUGUUUGGUUAUGCAAAGUGGACAUAUUUCAAAUACGUUUAAAAUAUUUACAUCCCAUCCUGGUGCCAGAUUGUGACCGAUCAAGGCUACCAUUCCACACCUUAGAUCCUUCCUAUCCUUCCUAUAGGAAACCGUUCCUCAGUCUCAGAAACCUUUCAGAUGCAUGGACGUCAGUUCCCAGAAUACCUCAGUCAGCAUAGGAAUUCUGAAAGUCCACAUAUCUUAAAGUUACCAAGUUUGAAAAAUACUAAUUUAGCAUUUCCCAGUUGUCACAACUUGUAGACUGUGGUUGUCAACUUCCAGAAUUCAGAGUGGCAUCCUCUGGCAGCUGAAGAAGUAACAGGUAGUCCUCAACUUAUGAUUACAAUUGAGCCCAAAAUUUAUGUUGCUAAGUGAGAUGUUUAAGUGAGUUUUGCCCCAUUUUACAAACUUUCUUGCCACAGUUUUUAAGUGAAUCUCUCCAGUUGUUCAAUUAGUAGCAUGGUUGUUAAGUGAAUCUGGCUUCCCCAUUGACUUUGUUUGUCAGAAGGUCGUAAAAGGGGACCAGUGAUCCCAGGACACUGCAAAGGUCACAAGUAGGUCAAUUACCAAGUGUCUGAAUUUUGAUCACAUGGCAAUGGGGAUGCUGCAAUGGUCAUAAGUGUGAAAAAUUGUCAUGUCACUUUUUUUCAGUGAUGUAACUUUGAACGGUCAUUAAAUGAACUGUUGUAAGUCAAGGACUACCUGUGCCACAUCUUGAUGUAACAAGGUCAUUUUAAAGAUAGCUUGAUCUAGCAGGAGCUUAAAUGAAUCCACCUCUCAUCAUUACCUUGUUACAAUGUAGCUUUCUGCUAAGCAGAUACUGUAAUAGAGAGCUAAGAUAUUAUUUAUUAUUUAUUCAUUUUUUAUUUAUUUUUAACCUGCUUCUAUUUUUGUAAAUAACUGAAGUCAGCGAACAUACCUAGUACUCCUUUCUCCUCCUAUUUUCCCCACAACAACUCUGUGAGGUACAUUGGGCGGAGGGAGAGGGACUAGCCCAAAGUCACCCAGCCAACUUUCAUGCCUAAGGCAGGACUAGAACUCACCUUCUCCCGGAUCCUAGCCAGGUGUCUCAACCACUAGACAGUGGCUUAUUACAUUCAAUCAAUCUACUCUAUGCAUUGAUGGGAGAAGUGGAUUCCUGCAACGUCUCUUGCCAGGCGUUGCCAAAAACUCACGGGCUAUGGCUGACAUAUGCAGAAAUACACAAUCCUGGUCACCAACCAAGAGUCUCAUUUCAGACCAUUCACACACCUUUCAGUCACCACUUACCCAUCUGGGAGCCCUCCUCUAUCUUCCAAUCAAAUCCAGGCAUGGAAUCCCACGUGAGCCCCCAAUUCGGGUCUGAGCCUGGUGCCGAAGCCGAUGAAGAACACCAGAUGCAAGGUGCAGGUUUGUUUCCUUUUACCGAAGCGCUCCAAGGAAAGGGGUCCUGGCCAAAAAUGCCAAGGAACCCUGAACAAUAGAAUAGAGGAAGCUUUAUACAAUUUCACUAAAGUGCAAGGGGGACAAGACGGGAUAUAUAUAAGAAAUAUCAUCUAAUGAACAUUUUAGUAAGGAUCUAACAAUUGUUCUAUUGGUUCCUUGCCGUCCCUGUCCCUAAGACUUGGCUAAUGAAUGCUCCAGGAGUUAUCUAGUAGACGUUCUAUUUGCUCCAGGCCAUCUCUAUUCCUAACUUCCAGCUGUGGUAUGCAGGAUGUCUAGCUUUUGUUACUGUUAUCAGUUCUUUAACCACCCAGGGUUGAUACAAGUUUUAUAUGGGCAUAAUCUCUCCGAAUAAGCAUUCUUUGUUCUUGCCAGGCAGGCUCCACAAUUAGGCAGGCCUUUUUUUAGCAGGCAGCCCAUCAUUCAUGUCUCCUGUUCAUGGGCUCAGCUGGGAGCAACUGGGCACCAGAUCCCCAGCCUCUUCCAAUGGCCCGAAUAGAAAUGGAGUUGGGUACAUGUAACUCGGUGACCGGCAGCGUCACAGCUGCUGAGUGCAUCACCUCUCUUCUGCUGGCCUCCCCCGGGUCAACCUUGACUCACAACGACAAUUUCUGUUGCUAAGCAAGGCUAAGGUUAAGGUUAAGGGAGUUGCACCUGAUUUUACAAGUUUUUUUGUCAAACACCGCAGCUAUUAAGUGAAUCACAUAGUUAAGAGAAUCCAUCUUGACUUUGCUUGUCGGAAGCCAGCUCGGAAGGUCAGAAGCCCAGUUGCUGGCUCAAUGUCAGGCUGCCUCCGUUCAAAGCCCAAGAAAGAAAACCCCCAACUCCAUUGAGAUAGAGAGGAGUUUGAAAUGAUAGCAGCGAAAGCAAAGCAAGAUCUAAUUCAAAACCUGUGAAAGUUUCAAACUGAAAGUUUCCCCAAAUCCCUCCCUCCAGAGUCCAGUGCUGAGGGUCCAAUCAACCUCCAGUAUGAUAUAUGAAGCUCAUCUUCAGGUAUUUCACCCAUCUGGAGUCCUGGGAUGGUUGGCCUUGACUGGGUGUAAACAAAUCCACACAGCAACACAGUAAUUCUUGAGUGCAAACCUCCCAGUUCACAUGGGACUUCACCUCACCAGCCCACUUCCCCAACCCAAAUGCCAUGCCCCCCCUCCCCAUUGCUAUGGCAGCCAAUAGGAAGCAGGCAGCAAAGUUGAACCCCAUGCUGGAGAUUCGGCUGACACUCAGCUUGGUCUGAGGCAUUUCUACCCCACCUGGGAUCAGUUUCAGAGGGGAUUGGGGGGGGGGACAUAUUGUUCCUUUCCCAGCAUAGGGGGCCUUCCUGUCUUUGCUGUCGCCUGUUGGGAGCCCAGCAAAACCACCGUUUGCCGGUGGCUCCAUAGUUCUUGUGGGCGGCUCUGCUUGACAGUUUGAUCUCCUUGGAUUCGUUUCUUGGGUCCCAGCAGGCAUGAAUUCUGCUCUUUCUGUAUGCUCUGUCCAGAAAAAAGGGAGCUUGGUGGCUUUCUGGCAGACAUCUCAUUACCCACAGCUGUAACAUCAGUGGUAGGAGGGAGGGGGCUUCCUCUCAAUUUACUACUACUACUUAUUACCACUGAUGAUGUUACCUAGUUGAGUAAUGAAAUGUCUAUAGGAAACCCUCAAGCUUAGAGGGUAGCAAGGACCCCACAGUCCAACCCUGAGCUACAAAUAUUCUCCUUUUAUCAAUAUCAGUUCAAAAUUUACUUUUUUCUCCUUCCAACUCUUUCUGAGAAGGAAAAUGAUCCGUUACUGGGAAAAACGAUUGGUUGCAAAAACGGGUAAUUUGCAGCUUACUCCACAUCAUCCUUCAGGUUUUUUCAUGCAACUGCAGUGUCGGCCCAGCAUCUUGGUGGGAUUUUGGCUCCUGGAGUUUCAUUUUGUGAAAAUGGCCACUUGGAGCUGCCUCUGGCUGUCCCAGCGAUUUCCAGACUAAAAAUGCAUAGGAAGGGGAAGUACUUAUUGCAUUUCCUUCUGGUGCGGACGAGGGUCCUUGUUUCUGCACAAGCGAUGGCAACUCCAAGGACAAAAAUGAGGCUCUUUCCCCCUCCUAUUGGUGGUGGUGGAGGAGGUCCUGAGCUGCGGCAUGAGGAAAAAACUGCCUCUGGGUCUGGUUGCUUUGGCUUGUAAUGCUCUAUAGUGGCCUCCCGAGGAGAGUGGAGCCAGUUAUAUCCAGGAGGUAUUUUCAAGGGGGUAUUUUCUCAGCCCUCCUUCUGACCCACACAAGAGACGGAUCCUCAAUGGAAGGCAGGCUGGUUGCAAUUGUUUUUUCUGUAGUCCCAAUUAUCUGUCUGUACCUGUCCUGUUUGGUUGCUGUAGC